AAUGGCUCUUAAAAGAAUUCAAAAAGAAUUAGCUGAUCUUUCAAAAGAUCCCCCUUCAAAUUGCUCAGCUGGUCCUAUUGAUGAUAAAGAUUAAUUCCAUUGGUAGGCUACUAUUAUGGGACCUGAAGGCUCUCCAUAUUAAGGUGGUCUAUUUUCACUCAAUAUUCACUUUCCCACAGACUAUCCUUUUAAGCCACCAAAAAUCAACUUUGUUACUCGUAUCUAUCAUCCAAAUAUCAAUCAAAAUGGAGCCAUUUGUUUAGAUAUAUUGAAAGAUUAAUGGUCACCAGCCCUAACAAUUUCUAAAGGUAAUUGAAUAAAUCAUAUAAUUAGUGUUGUUAAGUAUUUCCUCUUUAUUGACAGAUCCAAAUCCAGAUGAUCCAUUAGUGCCAGAAAUAGCAAAUAUUUAUAAAACUGAUAAAUAGCGUUAUGAGGCAACAGCAAGAGAAUGGACAAGAAAAUAUGCAUCAUGAA